AUGGUAAGUACCUACCCCACCGCCAGCUUCCUUGCAUUGAUGGUACGUGCCAACGCUUACGGAGUUCUCGCUUUCGCCGAUAGGAAGAUCUGGCAUAACCCCGUCCAUGAGCGGAAUGAGAAGGAUGAGACCGAAACACAGAAGAUCUGCUUCAAGUUUCUCGAUCAGACCAGCCGGAGUUUCAGCGCCGUCAUCAAAGAGCUCCACCCCGAACUGCUCUUGCCUGUCUGUGUCUUCUACCUGACCCUCCGCGGUCUGGACACCAUCGAGGAUGACACCUCCAUCCCUCUCGAGACCAAGGAGCCCUUGCUGCGUGGCUUCAAAGAUAUCAUGGAGCAGGACGGCUGGACGUUCAAUGGGAAUCGCCCAGAGGAGAAGGACCGUGAACUGCUGGUUCAGUUCCACAACGUCAUCACCGAGUACAAGAACAUGAAGCCCGCCUACCGCGCCAUUGUCAAGGACAUCACCGACAAGAUGGGUAACGGUAUGGCCGACUACUGCCACAAGGCCGCCACCGAGGAUGCCAGCGUCAAGACCACUGUGGAGUACGACCUGUACUGCUACUACGUCGCGGGUCUGGUCGGAGAGGGUCUCACCCGUCUCUUUGUGGAAGCGGAGUUUGGCAACCCGGCGUUGCUCAAGCGGCCUCAGCUGCACAAGUCGAUGGGUCUCUUCCUCCAGAAGACGAACAUCAUCCGCGAUGUCCGCGAGGACAAUGACGACAACCGCCGCUUCUGGCCCAGAGAAAUUUGGUCCAAGCAUGUCAGCGAUUUUAACGAUCUCUUCAAGCCGGAGCACCGGGAGGCGGCCCUAAACUGCAGCUCCGAAAUGGUCCUGAACGCGCUGGAGCACGUGGAGGAUUGUCUGUUCUACCUGGCCGGUCUGCGGGAACAGAGUAUCUUCAACUUUUGCGCCAUCCCCCAGAGCAUGGCCAUUGCCACCUUGGAACUGUGCUUCCGCAACCCGGCCAUCUUCCAGAGAAACAUCAAGAUCACCAAGGGUGACGCGUGCCAGUUGAUGACCGAGUCGACGCAGAAUCUGCGCGUGCUGUGCGACACGUUCCGCCGCUAUGCCCGUCGUAUCCACCAGAAGAACACGCCCAAGGACCCCAACUUCCUGAAGAUCAGCAUUGUCUGUGGCAAGAUUGAAAAAUUCAUUGAGACCAUCUUCCCAUCCCAAAAUGCCGAGGACGCCAAGCGCAAGGUCGUCGGGGAGCAGUCCCAGGAGGAGCGCGAAAAGGCACAGCAGGAGGCUGAGGCUCGCCAGGAUGUGUUCUUCAUGAUGGCAUUGAUGGGAGUCAUUGUUCUCAUCGUUUCGAUCAUUAUGAUUGGUACGGCUUGGUUCUUGGGAGCACGUUUUGACCUUGCUUGGCAAGAGAUCAAGUCGGGUAAUUUCCGGCCGCCCAAGAACAUCGCGGAUCACGAGCUGUGA